AUGUUUUGCGAAUCUCUCGUUUGCCUUCUGUGCGAAUGUCAGGGCAGCAGAAGAUGCGGAACGGAUCCCUAUUUGACGCUGGACUUCAGCUCAAGGGGCAUCCUUUGGGACACCUUCGAUAUGUAUCCCGAUGUACCGGAGGGUACCAUCUUCUCCAAGACGUACAAGAUCAAUAUGGAUCCCAUGGUCUUGAGAGAUUACUGCAAGGCGACCCAGCCGUUUAGCUGGCCAGACAACGACUGCAAGCAUUGGGCCAAGGGCGUCCUAAUGUUGAUGGGCAUCCGAGAAGAUCCCGCGAGCGAUGGUGCUAUCGAGCGCCUCACUAGGGGUCACAUUGGCUUGCGAGAGAUGAUCACCUGUGGUGGUGCAAGUCCCAAUGGACAUCGUCUCAUGGGAUGCAUGCCCUGA